AUGGCUCCAUUUGUGCCCUACCACUACUCAGCCGGCCAGUCGACCAUUGUCAAAUUUGGCGGUCUUCUCACUACCGAAUUUCUCGAACCUCCACCAGGCCGUUGCUUUCUCUUCCGUCAGACAUACCGCCACACCGUUGAAGGCUCGAUCCCGGAAAAUCUGCGUAAGCUCAUUAACAGCGCCGAUCGACCCAAGGGCCCACCGCCGCAUUUCCACCAAUUCCAGACUGAGUACUUUCGCGUCGAAAAUGGGGUACUCGGUAUUUCCGUAGAUGGGGUCGUCCGCCGCAUCACCCCGGAAGACGGCGAGAUCUCCGUCAAAGCAGGCAGCGUGCAUAACUUUUUCAUUCAUCCGGACUCCCCCGAGACCAUGACGGUUUACCUAAGUGCAUCGGACUCCGGAAAUGACUACCAGCUCGAUCGAGUCUUCUUCGAAAAUUGGUAUGGCUAUUGGCACGAUGCUUUGUUGCACGACGGAGGGAUUGAUUGGAUCCAGUUUCUCGCGACGGCGGAGAUGCCUAUACCCCCCGCUCCCGCAUGGGUGCCCUUUCGCCGGCAGGUCGGAUACUGGACCUGUGUGAUUGUCGGUCGAUGGAUUGGAGGACUGCUAGGUUAUAAGCCCUUCUUCCGGGAAUACACUACGGAUUGGGACUUCGCUGUCGCCAAGAUGAAGGGGUCCUUCUUUCAGCGGCAUCUGGUGCACACUGCAUUCGAGGAAGAGAAAUCCUGGGCCAAACAGGCAGAGCUGGAACCCACGGCUAAGCCUGAAAAUGCUGAAUUCGAGCAAUGGACCGAGGAUAUGUCCCCCACGCCAUUGGCCCUGGGUCCAGUGGCCUAUGAGCAGGGGCAGUUCACCGGCGCACGACCUGGGCCAGUGAAUGGAUCCAACGGUCACUCCACAGGGGUCGAGAGGAAGCUGGAGCAGUUGGGGUCUUGGACACAGCGACGCGCAGUGGUCGAUGAUGCAGACAAAUAG